CGGGCACGCACGCACGCCUCGAUUCAUCAUCCGUCCCCAUCACCAGGCCCAUCCACUUCCGAGCCAUCUCGUCUGGUGCUGUUUGCCCAUCACCAUCACGUACGUUUGAUCUUUGGCCUAACCAAAGUCUUUAUAUUCGGCCAAACGUAGAGAUUUCUUUGUUCUUUCUCUUUGUUGCACAGCAUUUUCAGUAAAACCGCUGUCAACUUCGUUGCCGCAUUCCCAGGCCCUCCUUUUUUUUUUUUAUUUUAUCACACUUAUUAAUACUCGGCUUUGCUGCCUUGCGGCGCCUUUGCUUUUCCCUUUCCCCUUACGCCGACUUUUUUUUCUCCCUUCUUCAACAUCGCCUUUUCACCAAACCAGCCUGCGCGUGAGCUAUUCAUCGUCAGCCACCGCACCUAAACCAUUUCUGGCCCCAUUGUCUAUUUUAUAUUUUACUAGACAAAACCAAAUCAAAAGAGAUGGCUACUACCGCGAUGGAUUACGAGGCUGCCAAUGGCGACCGGUACGAAGAUGAGGCUCCUCGAUAUGAGCGCGACAACCGAAGUGCCUCGCCUCGCCCUCGUGACGACAACGAAGGCAGCCGCCGUCGCUCCGCUUCACCCGGCGGCCAUGGUGACAGCAACAUGAAGGACGUGUCUGCUUCCCGGGACGACGAUGAUGGUGCUAUCAACCCUGGAUCCAACCUCUUUGUCACAGGUAUUCACCCAAAGCUUUCCGAAGCUGAGGUGUCCAAGAUGUUUGAAAAAUAUGGCGAUGUUGAGAAGUGCCAAAUCAUGCGUGACCCUCAUACCAAAGAGUCCCGUGGAUUUGGCUUUGUCAAGAUGGUCACAUCUGAGCAAGCCGAAGCUGCCAAAGAGGGUCUUCAGGGCGAACAGAUCGAGGGCCGCACUUUGAGCAUCGAGAAGGCCCGCCGAGCCCGCCCUCGUACCCCGACUCCUGGCAAGUACUUUGGCCCACCCAAGCGAGAGCCUCGUCCUGGACGUUACGAUGAUCGCCGACGUGGUGGUUACGGCGGCGGCGGCGGCGGCGGCGGUUACGGCCGUGAUGACCCCUACCGCUACCGUGGUUACGACCGCAACUACGAGCGACGUUAUGAGGAGCGUGGAGGUGGUUACGGUGGCAGCAGUGGCGGAGGUGGUGGUGGUGGCCGCGACUACGACCGCAGCUACCGUGAUGAACGUCGUUACGAGGAUCGAGGCGGCUAUGGUGGCCGCGACUAUGAUCGAGGCUAUGAACGCCGUGACCGUGACGAGGGCUACGGCCGUGAUCGCUACGGAGGAGGAGGCGGCGGUGGCGGUCGUGAAGAGAGAGACCGCUAUGGCCCUCGUGGAGGCCCUGGUGGUUCUGGCUAUGAACGUGGUGGUGACCGAUACGAACGCGGAGGCGACCGAGAUGCUGCUCGAACUCGCGACCCGGCUGCCAGCGCUGGAGGAGCCGGUUAUGGCGAAUCUGCCUCUCGAUCCGAGACACGCGAUGCCUAUGGAGGUUCGACCUACUACUGACGUCCUCCCAAUUAUGUACCCGCUAACCCUCCCAGGCGCUCCCGAUCGCAACAUCCAGUAAACGCAUAACUGAUGUUUGCCACGACUCGACUGAAAGAUCAGUCUUUGGGAUCACACGUCCAUUCUCCUUUCCUCUACUAACCCCGUAACUUUGCUUGUUCAAUUUUCUUCUGUUAUCUGUUGUUUACUCGUUGUUUUCUUAUCUUUCAUGGACCACAGCAGACUGAAUCGGGCUCUGCUCACACAGGAGUUUAGUGUGAUUGCGACAGUUAAGGGAUUGGAAUCAAAAAUGGGUACUCGGCCUGCGUCACUUGAGUUUUCUUGUUGCUGGUCGUCGGUUUUGCAACAAGGUCACAGAUGGACCACAUUUGGCAGCUUCCGGAUCUUUGCAAAUCAAACACUUCAUCAGUCAUCCAUCGCGUCUUCGACGACUUUAUGAUAGCUAUUGCCAGCACAACAUCAACCAGAUGUCGACUCCGGCCUAAUCGGUGAAUCACAUGGACUAUCAAACUCAACUUCGAAUGCGGCCUCGCGACUCAACUGCCCGUGCUGUCGUAUCACAUACACAUACUAUUAUGGGGUAUGCGAGACGGCCAUUUGUGGCUGCUGCUCUGCUCUGCUCUGCUCGUCCUGACUGACUUUAGUUAUUGACUCAGAGACGCCUGUAAAUGUUUCACCCACCGCCAAUCAAAUCACACAUCGCUGUAAAACAACUUGACACCCCCUACAACUCUGACAAUCAAUGAAAACCACUAUCACUAGGCUCACGCGUGGGGUUUAUAAUGUUUCUCAGCUUUCAGCGAUUCGGUACGCGAAGUCCUCUCAACCACCGUCUUCUCGCCAAGCUCUUCCAACAUACCCCUGGGAUUAUGAUUCUGCAAACUUAUCGCCAACAUCCAGUAUAAGUUCUUGCAAAACUACAAGACUGGAUCCGUGUACUGGUAAGGACUGCAAGUUGUGAUCCUGCUGACUAAAUGGUAGGGUGAUCCCCCAAACUGGACAGAUUUCAUACACGAGGACAACCGCCGAUGGGUUCGCUGCAACAAGUCUGAACAGUGAGUUGGGCCAAUGCUCCUUUAAGGACCGAGUCAAACAAGAGUUAUAGCCGUGCGGAAAUGCUAUUUCAACUUCCCUAUUACUCAUGGUGAAUUACAAAAGAGCAUACAUGCGGCCAUGAAGCAUCCAGCGAUGCAUGCCUUUGACAGUGCGUUGUAUUCAUUUCAAAGAACAUCGAGAAAUUGCCUGUGAUAAAUAGCUGCCAUAGAAGCAAUCUCUCGACUAGUUUCAGUUUAUCACUUUGUAAAUAUUUGUGUUAUUAAAUUUCUACCCUUGAUGCGCCUGACGUCUCCGCGCUUAUUCAACUCGGUAUUUUGACCUGCCCGUCACACUUUCGAGAUGAUUAUAGCUUCGUAUUAUAUGUGUAAGUAGGGAACGAUAUGGAGAUGAUUCCCUCAACUCACAAUGAGGACCCAGCCCGCCUGCAUCCCUCGCAUGGGAAUUGAAAAAUGUAAGCAACUUUGAUGGCUAGUCGAUUGCGUUGAAUGUAUGCCUUUGGCGACCUAUCCUUUCCACAGAACCCGACCUGCUAUUUCAAGGCCGCUUCCUCGCCCUCUUUGAUAAAUGGUCCCCAAUGGGGCACAUGUCUGGUUACUGCUGGCCACUUGUAGGUCGAUUUGGAUUUGCUCCAAGCAGCCACCCUACGCCAGAUACCAGUGUACCAGUCGCAGCCUCUCUUAGCUGAUCCCUCUUCCUUGUUCUGUUCUGCUCAUGCAACUCGGACUCAGAGGACUCCGACUCUGGAUUCGUCUUAUCUGAUGUAAAAGAACCCUGCAAGCUUGACAACACAGUUAGGUUCCUGGACGCGACCCUAGCUGUGGCUCUGGAAAGAUCGAAGAGAGACAUUGGUGCUUCCUCAGCCUGACGAGCUGUCGCGCUGGCAGAUAUGUUGCGGGGUGGAUAAGCCUUGUCUGGGUCUGGUGUAUCGAACGAGCCAGGGAGACCCGAAAGGUCACCUGCGGUGUCCCAGGCAGCUUCUCGAGCAGCCUCCUCCUUGAUUGCAGCAUCCAACUGCUCUUCGCAACGACGGAAGGUCUUUAAUACUUCCUGAAGCUGAGACGGGGGUGCUAUCCGUAGAGAAGUUGCUAGGCACUCAAUCCGCUGCUCGAGAUGGCGUAUCUCGGGAUUUCCACUUGCCGUUCCGAGAUGCGUUGGCUUCUGGGAUCUCUCCGUGCGGACAUACUUGCCAGCGUCAAGUGCUGCCUUCCAGGACCAUUCGUCAGAUAUGCCUGCAGGCUGCGACUUAUGUACGUUCUCAUCGGCACCAAGACGGGUUACCACGUAAGAGUAUGCUGUUUCGAAGUCGUCUUCGCGCAAAGCAGCUUUGAUGCACAUGGCGACGAUUCGUCUUGUAACCAAUGAUUUGACCGCGUCUUGAUCCUCUGGUAUCGGCUGCUGCUUGCCUGGCCUCACGUAAAUUGGCAAAUUCGCAUGGAUCAUGUUGCUUCCCAGUUCCUCAAACUCUUGCAAACGUGUGUAUGCUUUGGGAUUUUGUUCUAGAACUUUCUCGAUAAUCGAGACCGGAUCAGAGUGCACUCGAAGUACAACAGGACUGAAAGGUUCGCCUUGUUUGAGUACCAGGCGAUAGUCGCUCAAGGCAUGAGUAGCCUUCAACAAUGCUUCGAUGCGUUUUCUGACGGGAUGAUUUGUACCUAACGUUCUCGGAAAAGCUUUGAGGCUGAUUUGGUUGUCAACAAUGGUGUCCCGAGGACAUAUUAACUGACUUACAUUUCGUCGCAUCUUUUC